AUGCCUCAUCCUGGCCCCAAAUAUAACGCCGAGGACAGGAAGAGAGGCGAAAUCGCUCUCAGCGAAUUCGCCGAGUAUGCCGAUAAGCAGCAGGCAAAUCGCUCGGCGAUGCCUGCCCCUAGCGACAGCGGAUACUCCAGCGUGUCGCGCGAUGUCGAAGACCAUGCCGAAUUGGAGAUCCUCGACCAACUCGGUCUGUCGGAUACCCCGCGCCUUGUCAAAUUGAAGGAACUUCUGCUCGAAACAGGAGAGCCCAGCGAAGAUAGUUUACAGCUGCUGGCCAGCACAAUACAAACGCGUAUCGACGAGGGCCAAGGCGAAACUGUCUUCGAUCUCGGACUCGAGGAUGGCGGCGAAUCUAUGGGCUUUGACCUUCCCCAGUGGGAAAAGGCGCUUCAGCGCUUGCGCGAAGCCGCGGAGACCAUCCCCGCCCACUGCCGAAUACUACUCACGUAUAAUGUGGGUGGCCCCGAAGAGUCUCCAGUGAAGAACAAACGCAUUAGCGAUGCAUGGGGCAAGGUCUUAAUUCGUCAGCAUACUUCGAAUGUUGAGGAGGUGGGGGAGAUCCGAAUCGCCGUCGUUGGCAAUGUGGAUGCAGGCAAGAGCACCAUGCUAGGUGUACUGGUUAAAGGGGGUCUUGAUGAUGGCCGUGGCCGUGCCCGAGUCAAUCUCUUCCGUCAUAAACAUGAGAUCGAGAGCGGGCGAACUAGCUCCGUUGGCUUGGAGAUCAUGGGGUUCGACAGCCGGGGUGAUAUCAUCAGCAGCAUCCAUGGCCGCAAACUCUCUUGGGAAGAGAUUGGAAAACGUGCUGCGAAAGUCAUUUCCUUCUCAGACUUGGCUGGUCACGAGCGAUACCUGCGGACUACUGUCUUCGGCAUGCUGAGCAGCAGCCCCAACUACUGUCUACUCAUGGUGGCAGCGAACAAUGGCCUUAUUGGCAUGAGCCGUGAACAUCUUGGCAUUGCGCUGGCCCUUAAUGUCCCUGUUAUGGUGAUUGUGACCAAAAUUGAUAUCUGUCCGCCUCAAAUUCUCAAGGAGACUCUCUCUCAGCUGGAGAAGAUUCUCAAGUCGCCUGGUGCGCGGAAGAUCCCCAUUUUCGUGAAAGACAUGGAGGAGACCAUCAACACGGCCACACAAUUCGUUAGCCAGCGUAUCUGCCCGAUUUUUCAAGUCUCUAAUGUCACCGGCGAAAACCUGGAGCUGGUGCGGACCUUCCUGAAUAUUCUUCCACAUCGCGGCCACUACAAUCAGGAUGCCCCAUUUGAAUUUCUUGUCAAUGAUACGUUUUCCGUUCCCCAUGUUGGCACUGUUGUUUCUGGUGUGGUCAAGGCAGGUGUGAUCCAUGCCGGAGACGUGGUCGUGAUCGGUCCCGACUCAUUGGGGCAGUUUACCACCACUGUGAUUAAAUCCAUUGAACGUAAGCGCAUCCAGGUAAACGCUUGCUUUGCGGGCCAAUCGGGCUCGUUCGCUCUCAAGCGUGUCCGCCGCAAGGAAGUACGUAAGGGCAUGGUAGUUUUGAAAAAGAUGGACGACCCGCCAAAGGUUCACCGCGAAUUUGUCGCCGAAGUGUUGAUCCUUUCGCACGCAACCACUAUCAAACCUAAGUACCAGGCCAUGCUCCAUGUUGGGGCGGUCAGCCAGACGUGUGCAGUGAUUGACAUCGAUCGCCCCUUCAUUCGGACUGGCGAUCGCGCCCUCGUGGCGUUCCGCUUCAUUCAACGACCUGAGUUCCUGGCCCCAGGUGAUCGAGUCCUUUUCCGUGAAGGGAAAACAAAAGGGCUAGGCAUUGUGAAGAGCAUCGGAUACGACCCCACACACCCGCUAAACCCCAAUACAGCGGCAACGACGCCGGCGGCCAGCCAAGAGGGGAACAGUGGGAAACAGCCCGCGACCUAA